UGAAUGUAUGCAUCGCGCGAGUUAAUUCUGCGGUAGCGGGGCGCGCAAUGCUUCUUCGAGAAAAGAGUAGCGGUGUUGGCUUGCGGCUCUCCCAUUGGCUGUCCCACAGGAUGCCCAGGUGUUGACAGAGAUGGAAUCAGCAGCUGGAUCUCACGACGUUGCCUGACAGAGACACCGAAAGUGAGGCUCGCCUUGCUAUCUUUCCAAUUGUAGCCUAUGCUACACAGAUUUGAAUAGAAAUUGAACAGUAUAAUUAUCAACAAGGAGAACAAAGAUAUGUAGCAUUAAAUCCGCACAUCGCCCGUCUGCGCCCUCCCUCUGUAAUUCAAACCCCGUGACGCCUCAAUGGUGCCUGCUGCAAACGCUGCGUGGGGAAAAUAACCUGAAGACAAGGCUGUCAAAGUAUCUGAGACUCAUCUAAAGGAAGUUUACACUUGUCCGUUUAUCUGAACGCUUCCUUCCACGUUGUGUGUCCGGGAGAGCCCUCUGUUUGGAGGCUGUAGCUGGCGGUCAUCCGGCGCUCGUCAGCACCCCGUGGCGGUGGCAAGGCCAGGAGAGAUGGGGCGCAAGCUGGACCUGUCGGGCCUGACAGACGACGAGGCAGAGCAUGUGCUGAAGGUGGUGCAGAGGGAUAUGAAGCUGAGGAAGAAGGAGGAGGACAGGCUCAGUGAGAUGAAGCAGGAGCUGGCGGAGGAAGGCAGUAGAUGCUCCAUCCUCUCCAAGCAGCACCGCUUCAACGAGCACUGCUGUAUCCGCUGCUGCUCUCCGUUCACCUUCCUGGUCAACCCCAAGCGCCCGUGUCUGGACUGCCAGUACAACGUCUGCAAGACCUGCCGCACCUACAGCAAGCGGGAGAAAGCCUGGCUCUGUACCGUCUGCCAGAAGACCAGGAUAUUGCGGACCCAGUCUCUAGAAUGGUACUAUAACAACGUGAAGAGCCGUUUCAAGAGGUUCGGCAGUGCCAAGGUUCUGAAGACGCUCUACAGGAAUCACAUAGUGGAGAGAGGAGGCAUCUUGGAUCUACCAGAAAGCAGUGUUCACGACAGAAGCAAUGACAAUGAUGGCAGCGUCUGUGGCAGUGACUCAACCUUCUACAGGCAGAGUGAAGGACACAGCAUGGCAGAGACCCUCACGGUUGCCCUGCGCGUUGCUGAGGAGGCCAUAGAGGAAGCCAUCGCCAACGCAGAGGAAUUCAGUGACAGCUUGGAGAAGCAGAAUGAGGCUCGCUACCUACGGGACCACAAAGAAGAGCUUAUAGAAGAACUGGCCACAACCAUCGUACAAAAAAUCAUCCAGAGGAGGAAGCAUUCCGAGAUGCAGACAGAGUAUGACUUUGUGUGGCCCCAGAGAGCGAGCCAGGGUCAGCCUCAGGGCAGUGAGCUGUCCUCCCCCAGCCAGCACCCUCACAGCACCCUGGCCCAGGCCAACCAGGCCCACCUCAAGAGCUCCUACUCCCUCUGGAGGUCGCGGUCGGCGUUCUCCCUGACCAGUGAUGACUCCCCAGAGAAGGUGACUGAGGCACUAAUGGGGGCGGGGGCGGGGGGUGGGGUACAGGACUACGCCUCUCUGAAGAAGGAGACGGCCAGGGCCUCCUCACUGCCCAGCUGGAAGAGUGUGGACCGCCUGGACAACUCCAGUGCGUCCUCGGUGCUGCAGAGCCCUGACGGGAACUGGAUUGCGCUGCAGAGCUCUCAGCACUCCCGUCCCAGCCUACUGGCCAAGAGAAAGUCGCUGGUGUUCAGCGUCCUGGAGAAAGAGUCUGGCGUGGUCUCGGCCUACGACGAGAUGGGCUCUGAUUCCGAUCAGGAGAACGACGAGAGGGGCUGGGGGGCCGCGCUCCGCCAGUUCCGGCAGAAACUAUCAGACGAGACGUACUACACGGACUCCCAACACGACCCGGAGUGGACGUACACCCCGGUCCACCUCCCGGUCACCUCGCCGUCCUCGGGCCAGUACACCAACACGGAGACCGUCAACUCUGACUCAGAGUCCUCGUCGGUACCCUCCGCCCGCCCCCGCAAACCCUUCCAUAACGUAAUGGGAAGAAAAGGCCCUAACUCAGACUCGCAUCUUCAUCCCCAGCAGGCUCAGUAUCAUCAUCAUCAACACCAGAACUUCCCCUCGUACCCGCUCCACCCGGAGGCGCUGGAUGUGAACUUUAACCCCAAGGUGACUGAGGAUAGUAGCGAGGCAGAGGACAGCAUGCAGAGCGACCAGGUCAGGAGGUCGCGGAGACGCAGGAAGAGCAAGAGGGAAGCGGCGGGGAACCAGGCCCACACACAGCCCCUCUACGCACAAUCUGUACAGGAGAACAGUAUCCUGCUGAACGGCCUGUUGAAGAGGGGCAUGAGUAAGGAGAUGGCCGCCCCUGAUGUGGUGCCCGAGGCCAUGACCCCCGAGCCCGAAGACCAGGACGCUGUGGCCCCUAACUCUGCGGCCCCUAGCCCCCGUAACCCUAUGACCCCUGACCCCCUGUCCACCAGCAGCACUGGGCCCGGCUCCGGAGACACACUGGAGCAGGAGCUCCGCUCCAAACUGAGCCAGCUGGUUGGACGAGCCAACAGCAAAGAAGUAGUGAGCUCAUCUGAGGACGAGCCAAUCAAAAGUCCUGGAGGGAGAGACCGAGAAAGUGACAGCCCGAAAGAGAAGCUGAGGCAGAAUGAGAGAGAAGGUGAUCGGCAGAGACAGAGUGAGAGACCGAAAGACAGACCGAGGAGUAAAAGUCAGGAUAGGGCGAAGAGGGAGACAAUCGAGUCAGUGAAAGGGCCGGAACUGAAAAAGAGAGAGAGACUAACGGAAAGGCCGACAUUAAGAGAGGAGGAGAGAGUGAAGGAGAGGAGGUUGGGGAGAGGAGGAAAGAGUUUGGAAGAGAAAGUAGAUGACAGAGAGGAGAAGAGAGUGGAGAAGAACAGGCUCAGUAAGAGACCACAGAGAAAAGAGGUGGACAGAAAGACUGAGAAAAAGGGGGAACAAGUGGAAGACCAAAAUGAAAAGACUGGAUCCAUGCCCACCUCGCUUGCUAUUACCCCAUCUGUCCAGGAGGGGGUGCUGUGUGACGGACAGGAGGGACAGAAUUGUCUGGAACUACAGCAGAGGCUACAAUUGCUCUCAUCUCUCUUACAGCAGAAGUACUCGGCCGCAUCUCUGUGCAGUAUCACCACAGAAGUCCUGAAGGUGCUCAACGCUACCGAGGAGCUGAUUGGUGAGGCGGGGGGCGAUAGCGUCACCCCCUCAGAGUGCAUGAGCGCGUCUGAAUCCUUCUCCAGCAGCUUAGAGACCAGGGAGCUGGACCAGAAACUCACAAAGAUGGAGGAAAACGUGUACCUGGCUGCGGGGGCGGUGUACGGCCUGGAGGGGGCACUGGGGGACCUGGAGGAGGUGGCCCGGGACAUCAGCAGUAGCACCUCAGACAGAGAGCUGGCCUUCCUGGAGGAACAGGUGGCCACUGCCGCCACCCAGGUGCAGCAGUCUGAGCUCCAGAUAUCAGACAUCGAGGUGAGGAUAUUAUCUUUAAAAACAGCUGGACUGAACGUCACCGCCUGCAAUCGUUUCUCCAAGUUCCCCAAGCCAAAACCUAAGCCUCAAACGCUCGACACGUCACGUCAACAGAGGAGAAAGCUACCUGCCCCUCCAGCCAAAGAUAAGGAGUCCGAGCAGCAGGUGAGAGCACUUCAGCCGUACUGACAUACAGACAGCACAAAAAGUCCCUCGAGGGCACCCCAGGACCCGUGGACCCCCGCGGGGCCUCUCCAAUCCAGUGCCUUGAUCCAGCGUCCGCUUCGGGCUACACAGGGACUAACACCUGCCCUGUGCACCCCAACCAGCGCUCUCCUCAGCCAGGCACUUCCCCGUCCUGUCACCCUCUAAAAAUGACCCCAUACCAUGCCUCCCCAUCCUACUCCAUCCACCCCCCCCCCCCUCCCCUCGGGCCUCACUCACUGUAACCACCACACCACGACACCCACAACGUGGUGGGUUGAUAGACGGCGUGUCUCUGCCUUAAAAUCAGCAUACGAACACUCCUCACCGUGACAACUCGCUGUCUUACUAUCAAAAGAAGACGUCACUUCAGAGUCAUUGUAGUACAGAAAAUAAACCUGUCAGUCUUUUUUUCUAACUGUUUGCAAGAGUGUUGUAGGUGUUUGAACUAAUGUACAAAGAAGAUGUGAAAAAAACACGUGAAAUACUUCUGUGGUACGUGUCCCUAAAGAGGCUAAACCAUGUUUUAUACUACUGUUUUACUUUCUCUCACCGAUGAAAUGUCAUGAUGAAUUGUAGAGCAGUUGCAGAACCUGUUCAAUGUUGACAUUUAAUUAUUAUUUCUGUGUAAAGACUCAAAAGUAAUAAUUUCCCUGAAACUAGCUAAUAACAAUCCUCAUUCACUAAGAUAUGGUCUGAUGUUUUUCAAAUUUUAGAAAAGGAGAUUACUUGAAAAAACAUCUGGUGUCCUCUCCUGUUCCUCAGUUAAGAAUUGUCAUUAAGGUAGCAAGUGAACACACCUCAACCUUUUUUGAAGGAGGUGAUUUUGUGAUGACAUAAUUACUCUUGUGCUUAGUUACCAUAUUUGGAGAAAGUUUUGCUAUAUUGCUAGUAAUGUAAUGAAACAUUUACAUUUAAUUGCAUUUUCAAAAUAAUGAAGCAUUUGUCACACAAAUAGGCUACCUAUCUGUAAAGCAUUUAUGAACCCAAAGAAGCCAUGAAUGAAUUAAAUCAACACGUGUUUCUUACCAAUUAAAAACACCUGUCUAUGAAAGUGUCACCAUCUAAGCCGUUAGUUUUUGUUAUUUUUAUAUUUCAUUUAUUUCAGCUUUGUGGCCUUUAUUUGGCAUAGAUUCUGAUUUGUCACCUGUGCUGUAUGGCUCCAGUAAUGAAUUGUUAAAUAUCUAGUAAAGAUGUAAACAUAAUGAAGCCUAAUGGGCUGUAUGACAAAAUGCUAUUGAAAACCAUGAUUUUAUUACAAGCAAAUUGAAUUUUUAACUUUUCAAGGUUGUUAUCAUUUUCACUAAAACAAAGUGAGUGGAAAAUGGCGUAAGCUUUCUCCCCCUCUGAAAGCUUUUCUCAUCAGUUAUGUCUGAAAGCGUGUCAUGUUUCCAUCUUCAAAGUGCUUUACAUGACAUGUGUGGCUGCAUUAAUUGUCUAAAAUCGUAUGAUUUCAAAAGUUGAUAAGGGUAUUCAUAUUCAUGAUAAAAUGGGGGAUGCUAUAAAUAGUAGUUGAUGCAGUGUGUGACACAACUCCAAAGAGUCUCGAGUGCUCGGCCUGUUUCUAUCAAGCGUCUCAUUGUAGGAGUACUGGUCUAGGAUCAGAUCUUUCCUGUCCAUGUUAACUGUAUUCAUUGUGAUCUACAAAUACAGGCCUUGCUCUUUAUAUUGAGAAAGUCAAAGUAUUAAUAUAGAGGAUAUGAAAUACAAGGUUGCGUAGGGUUCUGUUUGUGUCUACUGCUCGGUAAUGACAGGUAAAAUAGUAUGACGUUUGCUUUGGUCCGUGGUGUUAUGUGCAGCCUUUUUUUCAGGCCACACAUAACACCCUGGACCAGAACUAGUAUAAAGUGUCAUCUAGUUGUCCUUUGAGAACAGCUUAUUCCCAUACCUCUGGACUGCUGGGACUUCUGUUGUUUUUACCUGAUAUUAUGAUAUUUGAUUCUAUUGGGUUCUAUUUGAACACUGGUGGGCCCAUAUAUUCAUCCUAUGAUCGCUUUUUGCAGGUUUGGCAGAUCGUUCCUGUAUGUUGUCGUUGUUCCUGGAGGUGUGUUGUGUAUAAACGCAUGUUAAAUAGAUGUACAAAAUUCUCACGAGAAGCACAGCCAAGGGGUUCAUCAUUAUCAAUGUCCUGUAUUUUUAUAUUGUAAAAAAAAAAAAAAAAUGAUCUCACCUCAGAAUUUGUUUUUAUAUAUAUAUAUAUAUAUAUAUAUAUAUAUAUAUAUAUAUAUAUAUAUAU